AUGGGGCUCAGGAAGGGUCAGGUGCUGCUGAGCUGGGCGUGUCUGCUCUGGCGGGCCAGCCUGUGCCUGGGGCCCACUCGGCCCAAGCCCAACUUCAUCCUGAUCAUGGUGGACGAUCUCGGCAUUGGGGACCUCGGCUGCUUUGGCAACGGCACCCUUCGGACUCCCCACGUGGACCGGCUCGCUCGGGAGGGGGUGAAGCUGACCCAGCAUAUCGCUGCUGCCUCCAUGUGUACCCCCCAGCCGGGCUGCGUUCCUGACGGGGAGCUCUCUCUCUCUCUCUCUCCCUCUGUCUCUCUCUGUCUCUCUGUCUCUCCCAAGCCCAACUUCAUCCUGAUCAUGGUGGACGAUCUCGGCAUCGGGGACCUCGGCUGCUAUGGCAACGACACCCUUCGGACUCCCCACGUGGACGGGCUCGCUCGGGAGGGGGUGAAGCUGACCCAGCAUAUCGCUGCUGCCUCCCUGUGUACCCCCAGCCGGGCUGCGUUCCUGACGGGGAGGUACCCGGUGCGAUCAGGGAUGGCGAGUGACGACGGCAAACGGGUCAUCUGGUCCCUGGGGGAACCCAUCGGGCUGCCUCGCAACGAGACGACGUUCGCCGAGUUACUGCGGGAGCAGGGCUACAGCACCGCCCUCAUAGGAAAAUGGCAUCAAGGCUUAAAUCGCCACGUUCGAGGCGAUCACCAUCACCACCCGUCUCACUACGGCUUCGAUUACUUCUACGGCAUGCCCUACGGACUAGCGGACGACUGCUGGCCCCACCCCUCCCGGGACGCGGAGCUGGCCCUCUCGGGGAAGAUGGGUCUGCUGGUCAAGCAGCUGAUCGCCCUGGCCGUGGCCACCUUCAUCUUGGGGAUAGUCCUGCACUUGCCCUGCGUGUGCUGGACCCUCAUCCUGGUCCCGGUGGUCCUGAUCGUCCUCCUGAGCUACUUCUGGUUCGACAGCUACGGGUCCACGCUCUACUGGAACUGCGUCCUCAUGCGAGGCCACGACAUCACGGAACAGCCCAUGAAGGCAGAGCGUGCCGGGUCCAUCAUGGUCCAGGAAGCGACCGCCUUUCUAGAAAGGAACCAGAAUCGGCCGUUUCUCCUCUUCUUCUCCUUCCUCCACGUCCACACUCCUCUGUCCACGACCGACGCCUUCCUGGGCACCAGUAGCCACGGCCUGUACGGGGACAACGUCCAGGAGAUGGACGCCAUGCUGGGGGAGCUUCUGAAAGCCGUGGACCGCCUAUCUCUCACCAAUCAGACCCUCGUCUAUUUCACAUCUGACCACGGAGGACACUUGGAGGCGCGGAGGGGCCACGUGCCGCUCGGAGGAUGGAACGGGAUCUUCAAAGGUGGCAAGGCCAUGGGCGGCUGGGAAGGAGGCAUUCGGGUCCCGGGGAUCGUGCGCUGGCCCGGGAAGGUCCCCGCGGGACAGGUGAUCGACGAACCCACCAGCCUGAUGGACGUCUUCCCCACGCUGGCGACUCUGGCGGGGGCCGAGGUACCGCAGGACAGACACAUCGACGGCCGUGACCUCAUGCCCCUGCUUCUCGGCGAGCAACAGCACUCGGAGCACGAGUUUCUCUUCCACUACUGCGAGGUGUACCUGCACGCGGCCCACUGGCGCCCCAGAGACAGUCUGGCCAUCUGGAAGGUCCAUUACGUGACCCCCCGUGUUCGAGCCGCGGGGGCCCAGGCCUGCUACACGUUCUACUAUUGCAAGUGUACCGGGGACCAUGUCACGUACCGACCCCCGCUGCUCUUCGACCUCAGCCGGGACCCGUCAGAGUCCAGGCCCCUGACUCGGGACACGGAGCCCAUGUACGACACGGUGAUCCGCAGGGUGGGGGAGGCGGUGAGGGAGCACCGUCGCUCCGUGCUCCCGGUGCCCAUUGAGGUGUCCAAGGAGAAAAAAUUCAGCCCCUGGCUCACGCCCUGCUGUGGCCUCUUCCCCUUCUGUCUGUGCGACCGGGAGGGGGGUCGCUCGGACACGAGCUCUCCUGCAGACACGGAUGCGGGGACACGUUAG